AUGCGUCCUCCACUCUGCUGGACUGUGCACUAUGCCAGAGCAACGCAACGCAGAUGCCUCGCCACCAUCGCCAGCACCCGCUCCGCCCGCGUCCCUCAAACCGUCAUUGAAAAGGUAGUUCAAAGGUAUGCCGUAGGCCUCCCAGAAGGAAAAGCAGUCAAGGCAGGGGACUAUGUCAUGAUUCGCCCCGAGCAUGUUAUGACGCACGACAAUACCGGGCCAGUCAUCACCAAGUUUAAUUCAAUAGGCGCUACACACAUCCACAACCCCUCCCAGCCCGUCUUCACCCUCGACCACGACGUACAAAACAAGUCAUUCAAGAACCUAUCCAAAUACGCGUCCAUCGAGGCCUUUGCUAGGAAACACUCUAUCGACUUUUAUCCGGCCGGACGAGGGAUCGGGCAUCAAGUCCUCGUAGAAGAGGGAUAUGCGUUCCCGCACACGCUGACGGUCGCAAGCGACAGCCACAGCAACAUGUACGGCGGCGUUGGGUGCGUCGGCACGCCCAUCGUUCGUACAGACGCCGCUGCGCUCUGGGCAACGGGUAAAACGUGGUGGCAGGUCCCACGGAUGGUGAAGGUCGAGUUGAGGGGGCGUUUAAAGCCGGGUGUGACGGGGAAAGAUGUGAUUGUUGCGCUGUGUGGAUCGUUCAAUGAGGAUGAGGUUCUCAAUGCUGCGUUGGAGUUUACGGGCGAAGGUGUUGCUGGUUUGGCUGUGGAUGAUCGGUUGACUAUCGCGAAUAUGACGACGGAGUGGGGGGCGCUUGUGGGUGUGUUCCCCGUUGAUGAGACGCUGCUUCAGUGGUACGAUCGCGUCCUUGCGAAACUCGAGUUACGGACGUUCGCGUCGCCUUCUUCGUCGGCUAUACCACCGCCUCCCGUGCACCCUCGAAUAAACAGGCAAAGGUUAGACGCUCUUAGAACGGCAAACCUCUCGUCAGACCUAGAUGCCGAGUAUUCCUCGCACCUGGUAUUCGAUCUGUCCACCCUCGUCCCGCAUGUAUCUGGCCCCAACAGCGUCAAAGUCUCCACCCCACUGCCCCUCCUCGAAGCCAACAAAAUCGCCAUUCAAAAAGCAUAUCUAGUCAGCUGCACAAACUCCCGCGUGUCGGAUAUAGCUGCUGCUGCAGCUGUCAUGAAAGGCCAGAAAGUCGCACCAGGAGUCGACUUUUACAUCGCUGCUGCGAGCUCAGUGGUACAGCAAGAGUCGGAAACCCUGGGUGAUUGGGACGCGUUGGUACAAGCUGGAGCGAAACCUCUUCCUGCCGGGUGUGGACCUUGCAUCGGUCUUGGAACGGGGUUAUUGGAAGAAGGGCAGACGGGUAUCAGUGCUACGAAUAGGAAUUAUAAAGGGCGUAUGGGUCAUCCCAAGGCACAAGCAUAUCUAGCCAGCCCAGCUGUUGUAGCUGCAAGCGCUAUCAACGGAUAUAUCUCUGGCCCUGCCUCUUUAGAUUCCUCACCCCCCGCACAAACACCAACCUUCUCCAUCUCCCAAACCUCUCGCUCCGCCUCUACAACCCCAACCGACGCCGAACCUCUCCUGGACGGAUUCCCAGCCUUCUUCUCCGGCCCACUUCUUUUCGCGCCGCAAGACAACUUGAACACCGAUGGGAUCUACCCGGGCAAAUAUACCUACCAAGACGAUAUCACGCUCGAGCGCCAGGCGGAAGUCGUCAUGGAGAACUACGAUCCCGGAUUCGCGGUCCUCGUCUCAUCACUGCGCACCAAACUCCCAUCCCCGUCUCCCGAUGCAGAGACGAAGCCCGGAGUGGUGUUGGUGGCGGGGUACAACUUUGGCACGGGCUCUUCGCGCGAACAAGCUGCGACGGCUCUGAAAGCCGCUGGGAUCCCACUCGUCAUUGCCGGGUCGUUUGGCGACAUAUUCAAAAGGAACGCGAUCAACAAUGGGUUGGUGUGCCUUGAAAGUCCAGAGUUGGUACAGGACCUUACCGAGGCGUAUGCGAAGGAUGGAAGGAGGGGUGCUGGUGGGAAGCAAGGGGAGUUGACGGUGGAUAAGGGGUUGAAUGUGGAGGUUGGGAUGGUUGAUGGGAGGGUUUAUGUGAGGUCGUCGGUGUCGUCUGCAGAGGGGAAUGUGAAGACGUAUCAUGUCAAGCCGGUUGGACCUAGUGUGCAGGAGCUUUGGCUUUGUGGAGGUUUGGAAGGAUAUAUUUUGAAAGAGAUCCAGGGAAAAGCACAGGUGUGAUUGUUCCAUGAUCCCAAAGUAUUUCCUCAUGCAUAUGCAUAAUGUAUUCAGUAGAAAGAACUAGCCAUUCCUUGAUAGUUU